GGCCGCGUCUCAUUCGCUUAAUUGAGCCCGGCUUCUGGCGCCUCGCGGCGACUUAAAACAGCCACCAUGUCAAGCAAAAAAGCAAAGACCAAGACCACCAAGAAGCGCCCUCAACGUGCAACAUCCAAUGUAUUUGCCAUGUUUGACCAGUCACAGAUUCAGGAGUUCAAAGAGGCCUUCAACAUGAUUGAUCAGAACAGAGAUGGUUUCAUUGACAAAGAAGAUUUGCAUGAUAUGCUUGCUUCACUAGGGAAAAAUCCAACUGAUGCGUAUCUUGAUGCCAUGAUGAAUGAGGCCCCAGGACCCAUAAAUUUCACCAUGUUUCUCACAAUGUUUGGAGAAAAGUUAAAUGGUACAGAUCCGGAGGAUGUCAUUAGAAAUGCCUUUGCUUGCUUUGAUGAAGAAGCAACUGGCACCAUCCAAGAAGAUUACCUCAGAGAACUGCUGACCACAAUGGGUGAUCGGUUUACAGAUGAGGAAGUGGAUGAGCUGUACAGAGAAGCACCUAUUGACAAAAAGGGAAAUUUCAAUUACAUUGAGUUCACACGCAUCCUCAAACAUGGAGCAAAAGACAAAGAUGAUUGAGAGAAACUUCCAGAGUCUUUGUCUUAUUUCGUAGACACAUUUCCCCAUUCUCAUACACUUGUUGCAUGCAACUUAGUUUAACUGCUUUGCCUCUUUUCACUGUAUUUAUUCUAGACCUUUCUGUCACUUAGCAGUUGGUAUAAUUAGAUGGCAGUUGGGGAUAAGGUUGUAAAUUGUAUUGAAAAGUAGAUUACAAAUAAAAUAAAAAUCAACAAAUAUGAAAUCCCAGGAAAAUAUAUCUGGUAUUUUUGUUUUGCUGGAUUUUUAAAUUUUUAUAUAAUAAAAAUGUUAUUUUAAAAUAAAGAUACACUGACUCAAAUGGAAUAAAAUGGAAA